GUCGGUCGGCUGCAUUUUCGCCGAGAUGAUCCGGCGCAAGGCCCUGUUCCCCGGCCGCAACACCCAGAACCAGCUGCAGAUGAUUGUUGCCAGCCUCGGUUCGCCGGAGAGGGAGUGCCUGAAGAAGAUCCCGAACGACAAGUGCAGGAAGUUCAUCGAGUCCUUGCCGACCACGGGUGGCAAGCCGCUGGCGGAGAGCGUCCCGAGGGCCAACAAGGAUGCGCUGGACUUCAUGGGCAAGACGCUGUGCUUCAGCCCCGACAGGAGC